AUGAGCAGCAAGCGAACACCGGAAGAUUAUGUGUUUCACGAAAAACUAGGCCAGGGCUCGUAUUCGACCGUUUUCCGGGCUGUGGAACGCAACAACAGCGCGAGAAACUACGCUGUUAAGGUAUGCUCCAAAAAACACAUUAUCCAGGAGAGAAAGGUGAAAUAUGUGACCAUUGAAAAGGAUUUGUUGAAUAGUCUGGGUCGCGGAGGCCAUCCCGGCAUUGUACAAUUAUUCUGUACCUUUCACGAUGCCGAAAGCCUGUAUUUCGUGCUGGAAUACGUUAGCGGAGGAGAACUUCUGAAUUUGCUGCGUAGAACGGGUCCCUUGCCAGAAACUUGGUCCAGGCACUUGUUUGCCCAACUGGUAGAUACAGUGGACUACAUGCAUUCCAACGGCGUGAUUCAUCGUGAUUUGAAGCCCGAAAACGUGUUACUCUCGCAGGAGGGCAGAAUCGUAAUAACCGACUUUGGAGCCGCUUGCUCGAUCGCAAAUACAGUCCAGGACCGCUCUGCUUCUUUUGUCGGAACCGCAGAGUAUGUAGCACCAGAAUUGCUGCUCUACAGCCAGUGUGGUCUGGGAUCCGACAUCUGGGCCUUGGGCUGCAUACUUUACCAAUUGACGCAAGGAGCACCGCCUUUUCGAGGAGACAACGAGCUGCGAACUUUCGAACAAAUUGUAGCGCUAGACUACAAGUGGCGACUUCCAACAAUACCCCAAGUUGUGACUUUGGUACAGAGUAUACUGGUGCUGGACCCGCUUCUGAGGCCCACUUCAAAACAACUAAAAGAAGACCCCUGGCUCGCCUCAGUUAAGUGGAAUAUUAAAUCAACUCUAUGGAAGGGUAUCUGGGAGCUACCUAACCAAACCAAGACUAAACAAAAUUUAUAUCAGAGGCGUCCGUCAACGUCCAACAGCCUGAAUACAGCUACCAAACUACGGCCGGUGAAAAGAAAACCGGCACAACCAAGAAGUACAACAGCUAUUGUAGAAUGGAGACAAAAACUAGGACUCAACUCGCUGCCGUCACCGCCACCUUCGGCCGGCAGCGCCAAGUUUGCUGCCAAUGCUCAGAUGCCUCAGUUGCCGACAUCUGAACCUAAGGCACCACAAAGUCGCCCUGAGACGUCGUCGUCUUCGUCUUCGACAUCACUGAACACCGCCGGAGCUGCCACGAGCCCGCCCCUGCUAAAGCGAGAUCUCAUCAACAUAUUGGAAAUACCCUACAGUCCCUCACAAAAAUGUCUAACGUUUGCAAGCUUUUCAACCGUACAGGAUUCCGUGAUUACAGACUUCGUUACUCACAAUAAGGAUGCUAUUAUGAAAAGGUCGUCUACAUGUAUUAUGACCUUAGACGCAAGAGGACAUCUCUCAAGCAGAGAGCAGCAUCAUCCGAUGAAGCAUAUGAUCUCGAUCUCCGACCCAGAACUUUCUAUGUACGAUUUUGAGUUUGAUGAGUCCAGAGGAACAGGGUUCUUGAUCCUAGAGAAAUACAAAUCCAAGCUCUGGUUUCUGUCUGCAGCCAAUCCAGAUAACAGCUGGCCUAGUGACAUCGGAGCCCUAAACAGCCACAAACCCUGGGUCGAAUCCUUUUUUAUGGCAAGGAAACUUGAAGCUGGCGCCGGAUCUCAAAAAUCGAAACCCGUAGCCCGUUCAAACUCUCCUGGUUUACCUCGUAAUAGUCCCCCUGUCGCUUUAGCGAAAGCGAAGCCAAAAUUGAAGAACAACGGUGGUAUUUCUCCUAACAUGCUGGUAAGCUCAAGCCGAUACGAGGUUCUUCAUUCACUGUCAGGCCCUGGUAUGAAGGGUACCGACGCUAGCAGCGGUGCAAGCGCUGCCUUUCGAAGUCUCCGAAAAAAGUAG